AUGGGUAACGGAAUUGGGAAGCUUAGUAAAUGUUUCACCGGCGGAGGAGAAAGUCGCCGGGAAAAAGACAUGAAGAUUCUUGAGCCGGAUCCUCUCGACGAAGGUCUAGGCCACUCCUUCUGUUACGUUAGACCAGACCCGACCCGGAUUUCAUCUUCAAAAGUUCACUCAGAGGAAAUUACAACGACGACGUUCCGUACAAUCUCCGGUGCUUCGGUCAGUGCAAACGCCGCGACUCCACUCUCUACCUCUCUCUACGACCCUUACGGUCACAUCGACCGAGCCGCCGUUUUCGAAAGCACGACGUCGUUUGCGUCAAUCCCUUUGCAACCGGUCCCGAGAAGCUCCGGUCCGAUUGUACCCGGUUCAGGUCCGUUAGAAAGAGGAUUCCUUUCCGGUCCGAUCGAGAGAGGUUUCAUGUCCGGUCCGCUUGACGGUUUAGGCUUGUUCUCCGGUCCGCUUGAUAAAACCGAAUCCGAUCAAUUCCAACGUAGCUUCUCUCAUGGUUUAGAUAUCCGGGUCGGGUCCAAAAAAGGAUCUUUAGUUCGGGUUCUCCGUCGAGCAAUCUCAAAGACGAUUAAUCGAGGACAAAACUCCAUCGUCGCUCCGAUUAAAGGAGUCUUAGCGGUUAAAGAACCCGACUGGGUAUUCGGGUCGGAUAAAACCCGGAACCACCACCACAACGAGAAUCUCACCGUGAAUAGCUUGAAUUUCAGUAGCGAAGGAAGCUUAGACGACGACGUUUCGCUGGAAAGCCAGAAUCUUCAGUGGGCCCAGGGGAAAGCCGGCGAGGAUCGUGUACACGUGGUCGUAUCGGAGGAGCAUGGAUGGCUUUUCGUCGGAAUCUACGAUGGAUUCAACGGUCCAGAUGCGCCGGAUUAUCUUCUCUCCCAUUUGUAUCCAGCUGUUCAUCGUGAGCUCAAGGGAUUGUUAUGGGAUGAUCCCAAAACCGACUCAGAUGCUUCUUCCUUUGAUUCGAGCUCCGAGAAAAAGUCAAAGAAAUUGGAGGAAAGUCAACGACGGUGGAGAUGCGAGUGGGAUCGAGAAAGGCUUGAUCUUGACCGUUUAUUGAGUCGGAGUAGUAACGUGUCGGAUCCGAACUCGUCGGAUGUUUUAGAGGCUUUGUCAGAAGCUCUGAAGAAGACGGAAGAAGCGUAUCUAGAGAAUGCAGAUAUGAUGCUCGACGAAAAUCCUGAACUAGCUUUGAUGGGUUCUUGUGUUCUGGUCAUGUUGAUGAAAGGUGAAGAUGUUUAUUUGAUGAAUGUUGGUGAUAGUAGAGCAUUGCUUGGGCAGAAGGCCGACACGGAUUACUGGAUUGGGAAGAUAAGACAAGACUUGGAACGAAUCAACGAAGAAACUAUGGUUGAUUUCGAUGCUUGUUGUGAAGGAGAAGGAGCUAGUUUGGCACCGAAUUUAUCAGCUUUUCAACUUACUGUUGAUCAUAGCACAAACGUAAAAGAGGAAGUUGAUAGAAUUAGAAAGGAGCACCCGGAUGAUGCUAGCGCAGUGACGAAUGAACGCGUUAAAGGUUCAUUGAAGGUCACAAGAGCUUUCGGCGCCGGUUUCCUCAAGCAGCCAAAAUGGAAUAAUGCGCUCCUUGAAAUGUUCCAAAUCGACUACAAAGGAACAUCUCCUUACAUUAAUUGCUUGCCAUCACUUUACCAUCAUAGACUAGGCUCGAAAGACCGAUUUCUGAUACUAUCCUCGGAUGGUCUCUACCAGUACUUCACAAAUGAAGAAGCAGUUUCAGAGGUCGAACUCUUCAUCACGUUACAGCCUGAAGGUGACCCGGCUCAGCACUUGGUUCAAGAGCUUCUUUUCCGUGCUGCCAAGAAAGCUGGUAUCGAUUUCCAUGAAUUGCUUGAGAUACCACAAGGGGAACGGAGACGGUACCACGAUGAUGUUUCCAUUGUAGUGAUCUCUUUAGAAGGAAGAAUGUGGAAAUCUUGUGUAUAA